UUCAAAAGCAACGUCAAAAGCAAAAUUCCAAAACGCUUAAAUUCUUCGACGGCGGAGCUCCGACGCCGACGACCGCCUGUGGUGGUGCGGCUUUAUUUGACCCUAUAACAAGGCGUAAGCUUCAUUCGCUUCAGAGUUUCAUAUCCACGAGCCCUAACCGAGAUGAAUCACACCAACAAGAAGAAAAAGAUCAAAAACGAACAGCAGGAAUUCGAGUUCUGCGAGGUUUGCAGAUUGAACCACAACAACGGCCGCCGCCACAAUUUCUUUCCAAGCCACAAAAAUUCACUCUCCAGCCUCCUCGCGCGCUUCCAAUCGAAGCUUUCCGACGUCAAAUUCUUCCUCAAAACCCCGAUGCUGAUCCUUCCGGAGCACGCGCACCUGAAUCGCCUCUGGUGCGUGUUCUGCAAUUGCGACAUUCUCGAGCUUGAUAGCCAAUUCGCUUGUAGCAAUGCAGUUGGUCAUUUGGCCAGUGAGGAACACUGGAAGAGAGUGAAGGGGUUUAUGUGGAAAUAUGGAGGUGGAAUGGACCGUGUUGAUUUGUUUCGCAUUACCGAGGCUGACUUUGCUAAGUGGGAGAAGAAGUGCAAGUCAUUGAAGAUGGAAGCUGCUAAAACAGAAUCAGUUGGAACAUUGAAUGAUAUCCACAAUAAACAUAAUGCUGAAUUUGUUAAUAGUUCUUGCAACAAUAACUUCGAUGCUCUUAAUUCUUGCAUUCCAAAAUAUGUUGUACCUUUACAUAGCUAUACGAAUAAGAGAACUCCAUUUUCCAGUUCGGUGUUAUCAUCUUCUGUCUCUGAUACUGGCCCUUCAUUGUAUAAUAUACCUGGAGGCAGCCAUGUACAAGAUGCACAUUACUUGAUGAAUUCAACAGGUUAUGUUGAUAAUCAGCAUUUCCCCAACUCUCUUGCUAGGGAAUACUCAUCUUAUGGUGAUGCUAGUAAUGGAUCUGUAUAUUCAGGAGCAGUUAUCGGUGAGGUUUCUCCAGGUUUGGUGAACUUGACUCACAUUAGUUCUACAUCUAAAGUUGCUUUAGAAGGAAAUGUCCACACUGGAGCACCUCCGCCAUGGCUUGAUGGAACAAAAGGAGAUUACCUUGAUCCUGCACUGAAACCAGAAUCGAGGGACGCUGUUUCAUCCAGAGCAGGGAAGUCAAAGUUGAACCCAAAACGUGUUGGAGCUGCAUGGGCAGAGAGAAGGAAACUUGAGUUGGAGAUGGAAAGGAGAGGGGAACGUGUUAAUAACAACUUCGAUGCAAAUUGGCUCCCCAAUUUUGGUAGAGUGUGGCAGUCUGGCACAAGAAAAGAAUCUAGGAAACAAUUCCAGAUCGAGAAUGAUGCAAUCCGGGAGCCGGAUAAUCAUUUGGAGGCACCAAUGCCAAUACAGCCUUACAUCAGCAAACGAAUGCGUAAGGAUGCAACGCAGGAUACUGUCGACAAGUCUAUAUGAUGACGAAGCAUACUGCCAAGUGCCAAAAUAUGUGCAGAGUGAUCAUCCUGUACGAUGCUGAAGUGGUGCACCGCCAAGAUAUGCAGUGAAUGAUCUUCCCGAGAAGCCUAUAUGAUGCUGAACCUAGGAGAAUGAUUCUCUCUCCUUGGCUCUCGUGAAAUUUUGUCAAUAUAGAUUUACUUCUUCUGCCAUUACUCAAUCAAGCAUUGUUUUGUCUGAAUAUAGAUUUAGCACUCACUUUGGUGUGUGCAUCCUUUCAUUGAAGAUGUAUAAUACUGUGAGUCUGUGACAUGAUUUAUCAAUUUUUGGAAUUCUGGGAA